UGGGUGGACUGUUAGUGUCCCUGUGAGGAGCGCAGCUUGCUCGGCGUUAAACUGGGCAUCCCUUCUGUCAAGCUCUAGCACAGAUAGCAGAAUAAUAAGGUAAUAGCGCUGAAUGUCCCUACUCUGAUUUUUUUUACCCAUUCAUUAGGGCUUUGAUGACAGGUUGCUCUUCAAUGCGCCUCCUGUGGGGCUUUUUUUUUAAUAUUGUUGGGUAAAGAAGAAAAAAUCCCAGGUUAUUUACUUUGUAGGGUAAUUAAUAUUGGUGCCUUAAGUGGAAAAGUAGGGGUUAGAAUUAGUCAGUCGAAUGCACUGGCAAAGGGCGAGGUAGGAGGAGUCCCACAGACCAGACCUUUAGGUUAGGGAUAUUUUUUCUGUUCUCAGGUCAGACUUAUUUUAGACUUCUGUUUUCUUACUCCACUUUGCACAGAAUUCAGUGACAUAACCCUGUUAUACUCAGAAAAAAAAAGGCAGAAAAAAAAAGCAUAAUGAUGUGUUUGCCUGAACUCCUGCUCGUUUUCUGAGCUAGCAAAAAAGCCUUUUUCCUUCAUAAGGUUGUGUAUCAACACAUCCACUUGUGACAUUAUCUGUCCGCUCAUGCAGUUGUGUUCCUCAGUCAGUUCUCAGUGGAGGUGCAUGGAAGGAAAUUCUUUCCCUUUUUAUUUGAUUAAGCACUGAUCAGUAUGUUUUAACAGACGGUCCUGAGACUAACAAAUGAUAGUAAUAGGGCUGGCCAUGAAAUGUGUGUGCGUGGAAUGGCAUGGACAGAAAUUGAUAAGAAAAAAAGAGAACGGUAGAAAAAGACAUAAAUAACAUUGAGAGGCAAGGCUUGUGAAAGACUUGUCCUGCUUUUUCCUUUAAGUAUUUGGAUUUACAAGCAAGAAGAUCUUAAUUUCAGAAAACGGUGCUAUUUUUUCUCAGUUGUUAAUGUUUUCUCGAGAAGAAGAAAGAUCUGAAUGGUUUGUAGCAGUAUGAUAAUUGAAAUCUAGUGCUUAGUUUAAAUAUGUUUAUCUGCAAAGCAGGCAGGGAAGAAUUAAAAGUUGAUCUAACACAAAUUCUUUGAAUUCCUGUGUGUCAGGCUCAAGUGAAAAUUUAAAAAUUGUGAGUGGAGUUCUUAAAAUACUGAGGAAAACUCCAUUAUUUUUAACACAGCUGUUUGGGUUUUUUUAAUAAGAAUUGUUUAUCAAUGCUUCUGGAAUAUAAAUUACCACAAUUAAGAAAAGAUGAACUGCACUUAAUUUGGAUAUACAUUUUCUCCAUAUUUUCUUUUCUCUUUACAAAAGAAUUUAUGUUAAUCUAUGCAUUUUAUUCCUCUGUUGUGGAACCGUAACACACCACACACUUUUAGUUUAGGUUGCAAAUAUUGGGCUACAAUCUCACAGUGUUUGGUCAGGCAAACAUCAAAUGGAUUGCAGAAUUGGGUCCAUUAUUUCCUGAGAGCAGCAAAGGAAAUAGCAGACUAGCAGGAAAAGUGAAAGGAAAAAACAAAAUCAAAUCUUUAUAGCCAGGCUCUAUGUUGCUUCAGCCAUCCCAACUAUUAGUGAACCACAUGAACUUUUAUGACUAAUUAGUAAAAACAGUUAUAUUAGCAGCCUCAACCUUGCUUUCCCAUAAAAACAGACACAGAAAUACCACAUAUUUUUACUCUUACAUUUUUGCAAAUUUAAGAAUAUGUUGUACCACCCACUUUUUUUUAGGAGAAUGUUCUACCACAGAUAAACCUUAAAACUACUACUUAGACAGCAACCUUAAAUUAUUAGCUGACCAGAAAUACACUUCAAAGGCCCAGAGUUGAGUAAGCAAAAAAUUGAUGUAUGCAAGUCCUAAGUAGCAAACACUGUGAUUUGAGUUGUUCCUCUGACAUGCACUGCAGAUGCUGUUUCUUUUAAAAUAAUUUUCAAUAUUAUGCAUUUGAUAAUCUCGUUUACCCUUCAUGAAAAUUUUAUGGCACAGUUGCACGCAUACAGAGCUAGAUUUAGAGCCAUAAACUGUUUUCAUUCUGCUUAUCUAAUUCUCAUUGACACCUAUGUAUAUUAAGCAGCAGAUGUAGGGCAGCUUGAGAUGGAUUCUUCUCUCACUGACACUGGUAUAAAUUUGAGUUGCUCCCACAACUAGAUGAGAGCAGGUUCUCUAAUGCCUAAUGCUUAGUUGAUGCCCAAUGCAUAUUUCUUGUUGAAAGGCAAAGACUUGAGGCUAAUUUAUAUGUCCCCUGUCCAGGCGAGGAUGGGAGUCAGGUGUCUUAACCGAGCUCCGUGAAAUGUGGGAAAGCUUCUAGGAAAGAAGUUCGCAAGGACCUGGGCCGCGUCUUUGGCACACUGGGCUUGCUGUUAACGUCCCCCUUUGCCCUUGCAGAUAUGCCCUGUGUGCAAGCGCAGUAUAGUCCUUCACCGCCCAGUUCAAAUUAUGCAGCUCAGACCUACGCGUAUGGCUCGGAGUACGGCUCGGAGAUCAUGAACCCUGACUAUGCCAAGCUGACCAUGGACCUGAGCAGUACCGAAAUCACCGCCACUGCCACCACCUCCCUUCCCAGCUUCAGCACCUUUAUGGAGGGUUACUCCGGCAGCUAUGAGCUCAAGCCUUCCUGCCUCUACCAAAUGCAAUCUGCCUCCUCCGGCCAGAGGCCCCUCAUAAAGAUGGAAGACACCCGUCUCUCCCCGUACCAGCCCUCACUGCCACCCUCCACGGACGAGGGGAUGCCCAGCACUUCCAUGUACUUCAAACAAUCUCCGCCCUCCACGCCCACCACGCCCGGCUUCCCCUCUCACCAGAACCUGUGGGACGAGCCCCCGCUGCAGCCCACGCAGACCUGCCUGCCGCCCGGCCACCUCAUGGACACUGCUCCCAUGAAGACCGUGCCUCCGCGCUUCCCCCUCUUCCACUUCAAGCACUCGCCCCCCCACACGCCGGCCGUGGCCGCCCACAUGUGCUACGACCCUGCCUCCCUGAGCCUGCCCCUGGGCUCCGACAGACCCGCUGCCAGCCAGGCACCCAUGGAGAGCCAUUCCUACGGGCUUCACCUGGCCAAAAGACCAGCCACCUUAGCCUUCUCACCGCUCGGCCUCAAUGCAGCCACCUCCAGCCUGAUGGGUGAGAGCAGCGCCGGCGGCAGCAGCGGCCUCCCAUCUCCACCCAGCAGGAGCUCCUCGUCCGGGGAAGGCACCUGCGCCGUCUGUGGGGAUAAUGCCGCCUGCCAGCACUACGGGGUACGGACGUGCGAGGGCUGCAAGGGCUUUUUCAAGAGAACAGUUCAGAAAAAUGCAAAAUAUGUUUGUCUGGCAAAUAAAAACUGUCCAGUGGACAAGAGACGUCGUAACAGAUGCCAAUACUGCCGGUUUCAGAAGUGUCUCAGCGUCGGCAUGGUUAAAGAAGUUGUCCGUACCGACAGCCUGAAAGGGAGAAGAGGUCGGCUGCCUUCCAAACCAAAGAGCCCCUUACAGCAAGAACCCUCUCAGCCCUCCCCGCCUUCUCCUCCCAUCAGCAUGAUGAACGCCCUUGUACGAGCUUUAACCGACUCCACGCCCAGGGAGCUUGACUAUUCAAGAUACUGUUCCACUGAUCAGGCUGCUGCAGGCACAGAUGCAGAACAUGUACAACAGUUCUAUAAUCUUCUGACUGCCUCCGUUGACAUAACUAGAGGCUGGGCAGAAAAAAUCCCAGGAUUUACUGACCUCCCCAAAGAAGAUCAGACAUUACUCAUAGAAUCAGCUUUUUUGGAGCUGUUUGUACUAAGACUCUCCAUCAGGUCUGAUACUGCUGAGGAUAAGUUUGUAUUCUGCAAUGGACUUGUGCUUCAUAGACUUCAGUGCCUUCGUGGAUUUGGGGAGUGGCUCGACUCUAUUAAAGACUUUUCCUUAAACUUAAAGAGCCUUAACCUUGAUAUCCCAGCCUUAGCAAGUUUAUCAGCUCUAACUAUGAUUACAGAACGACAUGGAUUAAAAGAACCAAAGAAAGUGGAAGAGCUAUGCAACAAGAUCACAAGCAGUUUGAAAGAUCACUUAACUUUCAGUUGCCAAAACAAAGGACAACCGCUUGAGUCUGCAGAGCCGAAGGUACUGGGUGUUCUGGCUGACUUGCGUUCUCUCUGCACACUGGGACUGCAGCGCAUCUUUUACCUGAAACUGGAAGAUUUGGUGCCAGCCCCUUCCAUUAUCGACAGGCUGUUUCUGGACACCUUACCCUUCUGAGUCAAACCACCCUCCCGAAAGGCAAACGCCCACCAGAGCAGGCAAACGGAUCGUGACUUACAGCUAACAUUUCUGCCCUCACUUAACAGAAAAGCAGCUCCGAGGCUAAAAUGAGGUCUUUUCUGGCGCUUUGUCCUUACAACCUGAGGCCUGAGACUUAACUGGCUUACUGGUUUGGGGUUGUGUUCUUUGUUUUCUUUUGUGUGAUUUGGGUUUUUUAAAUGGCUAAUAUGGCACUUUUGGACAAUGCUAUCCCAGCAGCAGUAAAAGGUUAACACGACUGUUUUAAAUCUGUUGUUUAACACCUCAUGGUAUAUGAGGGAUAAAAUUGUAGAAGCUGUGGUUGAAAACAAGAACAGCGAAUAGUUGUUUGCCAGGGUAGUAUGUGUUUUGUGAGGAUACCUUUAGCAUACUUCCUGCAUCAAGGGCACAUACAUCAGCACAAUCUAAACAAAAAUCCACUUUUUUAGCAAAGUACAUUCAAUUGAACAUUUCAUACAAAUCAAAUAUAGCAAAAUGACAAUGGCUGUUAGCUCCCAUGUUCAAGUGCAAUUUUUUAAAGUGCUGUCUUACUAAGUCUUGUUUAUUAACUAAUUUAUUUUACUAUGAAAACAAACGGAAGAAAUCAAGUGAGAAAAUCACAUGCACUAACUUACCUGACAGAGUUUUCCAAACUUGACUCCAUGUAGCGCGACUUAUUGACAAUUGUAUGUGGAAGACACGGGAGCAAUUGUGGCUCAGUUGUUCCUUAGCUAAGGAAAUCCGAGUAAGUAGUGAUUGGAGCAUACAGGGUCAGCAUCAGGGAUAGUUCGGUUUUAGACUUCUAACAGAAGCGACUAGCUAGUAAACGGACAGAAGAUGGUUUUCAAGAACAAGCAAGUCUUGUAAAAUAGUAUGAAUGUAAGUGCUAGGAAGGAUAUAGUGGGCUGCGUUUAAACAUUCCGUGUUCGUACUCCUUUUUGUAUGUUUAUACUGUUGAUGCCAUAUUAAUAUGAAAUAAUUUGUUGCAUAGUGUCUUUAUUUGUAUAAAUGUUUGUAUGCAUGGUAUAUUGUAAUGGCUUUGCCUGUAUUUAUUGCAAUGACUGCCAGCUCAUGGGAGCCCUGUUACAGACGAUAACUAAAUGGGGUGUUCACACUGACUCAGAUACACCAGUUGGAAAACUAUAUACAUAUAUAUAGCGUGUAUAUAUAUAUAUGUAUAUACCUAUAUUUGUGUGCGCGUGUGUGUGCGCGUGUCUUUUUCUUAACCAUUUGUAUAUAAAAUAUCUGUCAAAUCACAAGCAGAGUUAUUUUACAGUUUAUUUGCAGUGACUUCUAAGGCAGUACUGUUUAGCACUUUGAUAUUAAAAUCUUGCUCAUGUUUUGCUAAAUUCAAAUAAUAUUUAAAAAGUUUAGUUCUAAAAAACUUUAUAUGCACUGUAUUAAGUCAAAAUUUUGUUGGUCAUUUUGCUAAGGAAAUUUUUGAAUGUCAACCUGAUGUCACUGUAUCUUUUGUUAGCUUUAAACAUUCUAGCUUUUGUCUUUUUUUAAACUAUGCUGUUUAUAUGGAAAUUAAAUUAUACAAUCAAA